GAAUGAGUGCUUCUUCCGCUCAAUCUAGCGCUGACCUUAUUGUUUAUCUUUCAUCGUUUUCAUCACAAUGUGAUUUAAAUUAUUGAUGAGUAAUGCUUUUUUCAAUAGUAAUCUUCGUAGGAUGCUCUGGGGUCAAUCCUUUUGAGCCACGUGCAUAGUGGCGCUCCAUUCUUGAAAGUAUAGUAUAUGUGAAGUACCACCCUGAAACUGUAACGCUAACGAGUGGAGGAGGAACAUUUUGUUAGAUCUCUAAUACAUGGACGGUUCCUGUCUCAGUGUAUGCCGGCUGUUAUGGCCAUGUUCAGCAGCAAAGGCGAGGAGCAACAGAAGGCGGUGUUACAAGCUCGAGAGAGCCUAAAGACCCUGGAGAGCGGACUGGAGGGGAAGCCGUUCUUUGGAGGCGAGACGAUCAACUUUGCAGAUGUUGCUACCGGCUGGAUUGGUUGUUGGGCUCGAAUUGUUGAGGAAAUCACUAGCACCAGUCUCAUCGAUGCUGAGAAAAUGCCUUCGCUUGAUGCUUGGUUCAAGAGGUUUCUGGACGUACCUGUCAUCAAGGAAUGCAUGCCCCCUUGGGAUAAACUGAUAGAGCUCAAUUCUAGGUACCACAAGAUGCUCGUCGCUUCAUCAAAAUGAUCUUUCUUUGCUGCCAUUUCCAAAUUCUUUAGGACUGCUUUAGAGGGACUGCAGACUAUUGUGUAGUAUGUCCUGCUCAUGAUAAUAAAGCAUGAUCUGAUGCUAAAGCACAAUGUAUGCUUGCGUUAUAUUACUCUCUCUUUACGUGAA